CGAGGCCAUUCGCCCAGAUGAGGGACGGGAUAUUGUCCCUGCCGAUUGAUCUUCCAUGGACGGCUUAUGGCCGCGGGAUCAAGGCCGGGAAGGCGGUGAGAGAGGAGAUGGCGAAGAUCGUGGAGGCGAGGAGGGAAGAUAGAGGUGGAGAGGUGAGGGAUCUGUUGUCAAAGUUGCUGGAGUUUAAGGAUGAGGAAGGGAAGUGUUUGAGUGUGAAUAAGAUUGUGAAUUUCUUUGUGAGUUUGAUGGUGGCUAGCUAUGACACCACUGCUUCUGCAGCCAUUUCGGUUGUGUUUUUUCUUGCAGAGUAUCCACAUGUGUAUGAGGAGGUUCUCAAAGAACAAAAGGCGAUUGCAAAAUCCAAAGCCCGUGGUGAGAAUCUAACGUGGGAGGAUAUUGAAAACAUGAAGUACUCAUGGAACGUUGCACGUGAAGCGAUGAGGCUAGUGCCAACUUUAGCGGGAUCAUUUCAGGAAGCCAUGGCCGAUAUCUCCUUCGCAGGUUUCACCAUUCCUAAAGGAAUGAAGACAUUCUGGACGGCGCACUCUUCCCACCACAACCCUGAAUACUUCCCGGAUCCGGAGAAGUUUGAUCCAUCGCGGUUCGAGGGGAGGGGGCCCGCGCCUUACACAUUCGUCCCAUUUGGAGGAGGAGCGAGAAUGUGCCCCGGGAGAACCUAUGCUAAACUUGCAAUAUUGGUGCUAGUGCACAAUUUGGUGACAAAGUUAAGAAUUGAAAAGGUUAUCCCUCAUGAGAAGAUGAUUUCGGAAUUUGCGGCUAAGCCUAGUCAUGGCCUUCAUCUCCACCUUUACCCUCAAUUGCCUUGA